AUGAUUGUCAGAAGGAUACUAUCAAUAUCGUCGUCAAGGGAAAGCCUGCGAUUUUCUUCUCGAUCAGCCACGACAAGGCACAAGAAACGACCAAACGAUCCGCCCAAUGCAGUAAACGUCAAGUUUGCAAUGCCUUCAACAUCGGCAGCAUCGUUUCCCGAACAAAACUUUGACAAUUUCUUGCUUUUGGACUUUGAAGCAACGUGUGAAGAUGGAGCCAAGAUUAAACCUUGUCAAGAGAUUAUUGAAUUUCCAGUGAUUCAACUAGAUGGAAAAACUUUGGAGGAGGUUUCACGAUUUCAUAAAUAUGUCCGUCCCACAGAGCGGCCUGAUUUAACCACUUUUUGCUCACAAUUGACAGGAAUCAUUCAGGAAAUGGUUGAGAAUCAACCAACGCUUCCCGAAGUGCUGGACGACUUUGAUACAUGGCUACGUGAUAGAGAUAUCAUAAAUUCAAGAUUUAUAUUUGUCACUUGUGGUGAUUGGGAUUUACAAUUACAACUACCGGCGGAAGCGAAACAUAAAAACUUCGGAGUUCCAGAGUAUUUCUCGGAAUGGAUCAACGUUAAAAAGUCAUUUUGCUCACAUCGAGGCUAUUUCGCUCCGGGAAUGAAACAUUUGCUUAAAGAACUACAACUUUCACAUGCAGGUCGUCUUCAUAGUGGGAUCGAUGAUGUGACAAACAUUGCUGCAAUCACAAAAGCCCUUGCCAAAGAAGGGUGCGUUUUUGAGCCAAAUGGAGGCGCGAGGAGAGCACGUAACACGGACAAUAUGAGCUCCAGGUUUCUCUUCCAGCUUGUUUCUCGGAAUUGUUCUACGGAUGUGAGGGUUCGUUUUGCCCCUUCUCCCACGGGUCAACUUCAUCUUGGAGGAUUGCGGACGGCUCUAUAUAACUAUCUUUUCGCUCGCUCGAGGAAUGGUAGAUUUAUCCUGCGAGUUGAAGAUACAGAUCAAUCAAGGCUUGUACCAGGAAGCGUCGAAAAGAUCAACGACAUCCUAGAUCAUUAUCAUCUCAAUCCCGACGAAGGGCCUAAACAAGGUGGAAGCCAUGGACCUUAUACCCAAUCCGAGCGAUUGCCCUUAUACAAAGAAUACUCAGAACGUCUCAUUGAGCAAGGUCAUGCAUAUCGUUGUUUUUGUACACCAGAGCGACUAGAACUACUCAGAAAAGAAGCAGCUCGAACAAACCAAGUCCCCAAAUAUGAUAUGAGAUGUCGUGCGAUAAAUAAAGAAGAGUCUUUAAGACGUGCACAAUCGAAAGAAAAUUUUGUCGUACGCUUCAAAAUUGAUACACAGGAGGUUAACUUCCAGGAUCAUGUCUUUGGAAGUGUAUCUCAAACGAUUGAUGAAUCGGAUCCGAUUCUCCUGAAAUCAGACAAUUUUCCAACGUAUCACUUUGCGAAUAUUGUGGAUGAUAAAUUAAUGUCAAUUUCACACGUAAUUCGAGGUAUGGAGUGGUUGUCAAGCACCGGGAAACAUGUCCUGCUGUACAAGGCAUUUGGAUGGAAACCGCCAGAAUUUGUUCAUUUAUCGCUUCUCACACGAGAUGGCCGUCGGAAGCUUUCAAAACGUGAUGCUGAUGCCUUCGUCGACUACUAUCAUAAGGAAAAGGGAUACUUGCCUCUAGCCGUUUUAAAUCUCUUGAUUAGAAAUGGAAGUGGAAUUCAAAGCUUUGAUCCGACCCGACUUUACAGUCUUGAAGAAAUGGUUUCCUCUUUUGACCUAUCGAUUAUUGGGAAGCGGAAUUUACAAGUUGAUGUAAAUAUUUUGGAGAAUUAUGGUCGUCUCAGUUUUCAGAAAGCGUCUAUCGAUGAGCUUAUUCCUUUGAUAAGCGCUCAAGUGAAGAAAGAUCUUCCUGAUUGUGAGGACGUUUGUGAGGAUCGGGUGUAUUUGAAGAAGGUUAUAGACUUUUUGCGAGAGAAGGAAGAAAAUUUUUCUUCUUUGAGUCUUAUAACAACACCGCAGUUUCGAUUUUUCUUUACUCGCCCUCAAAAUUCGGAUGAGGCUACGGGUAUAGCUCAUGAGAUUUUGUCAGCAAUCUUCGAAUUACCUCCCCCAUGGACUCUUCAAAAUUUGCGAACGAUUGCUGACCGUUUCGACACGAAUCAUAAAGUGAUUUACAAAAUGCUCAGGAUUUCACUUAGUGGCCACUCUACAGGACCACCGGUACUGGAACUCUACGACUUCUUUGGCCGAAAUGAGUGUUUAAAACGAAUAGCGAUGAUGAUCUCGUAUUUGGAAAAGCAA